UGUGAGAGGGCGGUGAGGUUGUUCCUGCUGCCCCGGACUCUGUGCGCGUUUUCCCGCUACAGCUCGCAGCCUGGAGUCCGGUGCGCUCUGCUCUUAUACAGUAACUACUCGACUCGUCAUCAUCACUGAGCGUUCACAGCUUCUACACACUCACACACUAGCACUAGCACAUACAGUCCGGACUCCAUGGCUGUAUAGAGUCACCGCGGUAACCCAGUCCCACUCCCCGAGGCGGUGAAGCAUGAGCGGGGAGACUCACACACACCGCCGCCGUUUCCUCUUCUGAUCCGCUCAGUUUCCGCCAUGAGCUCGGACACCGAGGCGGAGAGCUGGGCCGAGUGCAUGGAUGUGGCCGUGAGGACAGCGCUCAGAGCCGGACAGAUGGUCCGGGUGUCCGUGAUGCAAGAGAAGCGUGUGAGCAGUAAAAGCACUCCUGCAGACCUGGUGACGGAGGCUGACCAGCAAGUGGAAGAGCUGAUCAUCUCCACACUCAGGGAGAAGUUUCCCUCACACAGGUUUAUCGGAGAGGAGUCGUCUGCUGCAGGAGAGAAGUGUGUGCUUACGGAUAAUCCUACAUGGAUCAUAGAUCCAAUCGAUGGCACGUGUAACUUUGUUCACAGUUUUCCCAUGGUUGCUGUAAGCAUUGGCUUUGCAGUAAAGAAACAGCUGGAGUUUGGGGUCAUAUACCACUGUUUUGAUGGGACACUGUACACUGGCAGGAGAGGUCACGGAGCAUUUUGCAAUGGAGUGCGAAUACAUGUUUCAAAGCAGAAAGAUAUUUCCAAAGCCCUCAUUCUAACAGAGAUCGGGGCAAAGCGAGAUCCUCACACACUGGAUAUCUUUUUGGGGAAUAUGAAACAUUUUUUGAGUGCACCAGUCCAUGGAGUGAGGAUCAUAGGCAGCUCAACUUUAGCACUGUGUCAGGUUGCGACCGGAGCAGCCGAGGCGUACUACCAGUACGGUCUGCACUGCUGGGACAUCGCUGCAGCAGCUAUCAUCAUCAGUGAAGCAGGAGGCUGUGUGAUCGACACCACAGGGGGUCCUCUUGAUCUCAUGUCCCGCCGUGUUGUUGCUGCUGGCUCCCGGGAGAUAGCGGAUUACGUCGUCCAGCAGCUCAAGCCAAUCAGCUACGGGCGUGAUGAUGAUGAUGACCCCUGACCCAUCAACCGGAGCCCUUCAUCAGCAAAUCUCAGCCUUUUACCUCAAACCCUUUGAAUCCUGCCAUGUUGUCUGUACUUUUCUUUAUACAAUGCUCUGUUUUUAUAGAGAUUAUGAUUUUUUUUUGUCAAUCCGCUGGAGGUUUAAAGUAAUGCCUUAUAUUGCAGUCGUUUUUCCUGAGGAAAUAUAUGAGUGAAAAAACUGAACCGAAUUAACAACUGCACUGCAUGUUUCUGGGUAUUAGUAGGGAUUUUGGCAACUAGGUCCCAUUAUGCAAUUCAUGUAUUUACUCAGGAAUUAAGAAAUUCUUUUGUAAUUUAAGGCUUUAACAUGUAUAAGAAAACAUAUUCACUAUAUAAUGAUAUAGCAUAAAACACCUUAUUCUGUAUAAUUAUUAACACCAGUGUGGCGUUGCUUAUGUAAUUUACAAUCUGCGGUGUGUUGCCACUUGCAUGGCAAAGUUGUGUGUAUUCCUGAAGUUUUAGAUUUACUCUAGGUUGGAAUUGGACAGGUGUUUUUCUGUAGCAGAUGAAAAAAAAAAAAACACUAUCAUAAAGGGAUUAAGGUUUCCUGCUAUGGGUCCAGCUUUUUAUCAUAGUAAAUAAUAAUAAUGCACAAUAGUAAUCUUAGUGGUAGCUCCCAUAAGACCUGCACCAUGUGGCAGGAAUAUGAAGUGGUUUAUUCUUUUUACUAUAAAAUUGCAGCAAGUGUGGAUUCAUUUGAUGCUAUGAGUAGAAAGUUCAGGAUUAAAUGGUUGAAUUAAAUACAAUCUGUUCAGAAGUUUUUACUAUGACUAUACACUAAAAAGGUUACUUCAAGAGCGUGCCAUAGUCACUGUAACAUCUUGAAACGAUUACUAUAUAGACUUCUAUAGCUCAGUUGUUGUUCACAUUAAACGUCAGAAUGAGGAAAAUAUGUGAUCUCCAUGACUUUGACCGUGGUAUGGUUUUGGUGCCAGACAUACUGGUUUGAAUAUUUCAAAAACUGCUGAUCAUCUUGGAUUUUCACACACAGCAGUCUCUCAAGUUUACACAGACUGGUGUGAAAACAAAUACAGCAGAAAAUGAGUCUUUUUCUAACCUUCGACUGUCCAGUUUGGGUAAGUCUGUGCCCACUGUAGCCUCAGAUUCCUGUUCAUGGUUGGCAGGAGCAGAUGUUCGGUGAUCUUCUGGUGUUGUGGCACAUCUCCCACAGGGUUCGACAUAUUGUGCAUUUUGGAAUGCUGUUUUGCUCAACGUGAUUGUAAAGAGUUACUGUAGCUUUUCAUUCAGCUUGGACCAACAUGGUAGUUUUCUGCUGACCUACACACAACCUGAAUGUUUUUCACUCUGUUCUAUGUAAGCUCCAGAGGCUGUAUUGUGUUUAGAAGACAAUGGGUACUGUAGGUCAGGGUUGGUACUGUAGGCCAGGAGCCACACCUUAUAUGUCGAUCUUGGCUUUGGAUUAACUGUAAGAUGUGGCUUAUGCUUGGUUGAAAUGAAAACCUAAACCAACGCCAGCUCUUUCUGGAUAAAAUUGGACAUCUCUGAAAUAUACCGUUUGUGAACUAUAAUUCAGGUUUUAAUCAAAGUGGUUGAAUUGACCAGCUCUUGGUGUAUUUGUCUUUCACAUGAAGCAGAUUCCCAAAGCCAAUAUUCCUUUUCAAUUCUCAUGGUUUACCUUUGUAUGCAUUUUAUAAUGGGCACAAACAAUAAUGGGUAGAGUGUUGGAGAUGGGGAGAUUUCUCACUGACCCCAUCUUGUUGUGAUAUAAUGCAAGAAAUUCACAUACUCUUUUAUUAUACUGUAUACAAAGUAAUGUUAGCAUCAGUGUGCAUUUGAGGCAGUUAUAAUCGGCUGUGUUUUUUAAUUUAGGUAAAUAAAGGGAGGAAACAAUGUAACAAUUUUGAUGAGUGAUUAUGAGGUUAUUCAUUAUAGUUAUUAUGAUUGGUCCAGUCACAUGGUCAUAUGUCCCUAAAAAAAAGGUGUGUCCCUGUGGAUGGGGUGCUAUGUGUAGAUGGAUGCUAUUUCACACACACACUCUCAUUAUAAUUUACCCCCGUUUAUAGUGCUCAGGCUAUAUACCUGGAUGUUUAUGGGAGGAAAAUUGUGUCUGUGGAUACACACCAUUCUCAUCCUGCGACUAACAAGUGAUAUGUGUUGUUCAUUGUUUAUUGAUCUUUCAAUCUAUUAUUUCUAUUUAAGUUAAACCCAAACUCUCCACAAAUAGCAGAUUUUUAAAAGCAGGACUUAACACCACCGAUCCAGAGUACAUAACCUUGGAUGUACUUUGCCUCAUUAACUUUGAAAUCCAUUCACAUUAAUGUGACAAUUUUAUUAUAUAGACCUAAUAAAAUUUGGAAGGAUCAACUUCUCCAUAAACAGCUAUCUAUUAAAAAGGCACAGUAUGCGAGACUCAUUUCUUAGUUCCAGACUUAAAAGCUAAAGUUCGUACUAUCCUUUUAAACAGAUUAAUCUUUCCUCUACAAUGGAUUUUGGCUAAUAGCUGUCAAAUGUUAUUUAAUUUAUCAAGUGACACUGAAAGGGUAAAAGCAGAAAGUGUUUUAAACUCUAAGCCCUGAAUUAAAGGAGUAGGUCAUAUAAUCUUCCUGUUUUAUGUGUCACGUUGUAAUUCUGCAGUUUAUUGUGGCCGGUCAAAUAA